GCGGUAGGGGGGGCGGGGCACGAGGCCGGGCGAGGAGGGAGCAAGGCAGUGCGCGAGCCGCGGUCUACGUGGGCGCGCGAGCGGCGCGGGGUCGCGGGCGCGCGCGAGCGAGUGGCGCUGCAGCUAGUUGGUUGGCGGGACUGCUGGCCCAGCUGAAAUGGUUCAUCCUCCUCCACCUCCGCCCCGGUUGCUUCUGGUAGCCCUGGUGGGGCUCCUGAGCCUUCGCGAGGUAGGAACCCUGUAGGGCCGAGGACGAGAAGGGUUUGAACGGCCUCGCUGCACCCUCGGUGGUCGCCCGAUUGGGACAUCUGUGGUUUCUCCUGCCCUCAGUCUCCAGCGUCUUCAUCUCAGCCCAGGGCUUGGGGCUGGUUGUCCCCUUCUUCACACCCAACACGAAGUCCCCAGCUGCUCUCUUCUUUUCUCAUGUGUAGGUGUUACCAAGAGUGACUUACACACAGGUGAGCCAAGGACAGGCUGAGGGUAUCGCCUUCUUCUACCACCCCUGUGCCCACCCCUGGCUGAAGCUCCAGCUUGCACUCUUGGCCCACCUGUAUGUGGCUAAGCCCACGCUCAUUCCUGACUUCAGUCUCACGUGGGACCGGGGUGUUGUGCUACGGAAGAGCGAGGCACUAUGGGCAGAGGAAGGAAAACUCAGGGUCUUCUUCCAUCUUAGCUCUACGUCACCUUCUUUCAUAGCCCUUGGUGCUGACAGCAUGGGGGACUGCACUGGAGCUGGCAUGGAUAGAGCCAGCCUGGGUUGCCCACUGGCUGAAGAGGCAGCGGCGGCGGAAGCAGAGAAAGAGUGUGUGGUUUCUCUCUGACAAUCUUUUUGGGCCCACUCCCACGAUGCCAGCCUCCAGAAGAGGGAAGCUGUGUGGGAGACGGUGUGUACAGGCCCCGACUCUGGCCUUUGCUCUACGGAGCUGGCGACCUCCUGGUGCACAGGUGACAUCUAGAGGAUCCGGGCGGUCCUCGAUCAGUGUUGUGAAGAGAAGGGGUCUCCGGGCUGCCCUUGGUCUCCAAUCCACGCCCCCAGGCCUGAGGGUUUCCUUGGCCUCUUCACAGAGCCUGAAGGCCCAGCAGUUGACUUUGGGAACCUCAUCUGUGGCCCCGGUCUCCUUAACGACUGGGGGACCUGGAGGCAAUGGUAGGUCCAGGACAGAGGCUCAGAUGCCCAGUGGGCAAGGCAACCAUGGAGGUUGUGCCUGUCCGGGUCAGGUUUCCCCAGCUCCUCGGGCCGCAGGGCCUCCCCGGGUAGCCCGAGGGCCCACUCCACGUACUGAAGAGGCGGCUUGGGCUGCCAUGGCCCUGACCUUCCUACUAGUCCUGCUCACCUUGGCCACACUUUGCACGCGACUGCACCGGAAUUUCCGCAGGAGCGAGAGUAUCUAUUGGGGGCCCACGGCAGACAGCCAGGACACCGUGGCUGCUCUCCUGAAACGGAGGCUGCCUUUGCCUUCGCGCCGGAUCAAGCGGUCUCGCAGACGGCCCCUGCUCCCACCCACACCGGAUAGUGGCCCUGAUUCGGAGAGCUCCGACUGAGCGGCUCCGCCCCUCUGCGACCGCUGCCACGUGGGCCGUCCGCGGGCGCCCCCUGGCGGCGGGCCGAGAGGCCCUGGAGGCUUCACCUGGUUCCUGGAAGAGUAGCCUUGUAGCUUUCCUGAUACAAAUUCCUGUUUCUAAUUAAAUUAUUUUAGUAGAA